AUGGGUGCACAAGUGGGCAUGCUCCUGGCUGCCGGCUGCGUGGCGACGAAUGCUUGCGGAGUCCCUUUCGGUCUGCACCUGUUUAGUAAGCUGCCGGCGGAUGCAGCCGUGCCCAUGAAGUUCGGUCUCUUCGGCGAAGUUCUGUGGUGCGCUUCGAAGCCGUGGUUUCUGAUUUAUCCAGGCCUUUGCGGCUUCUUGGCAGCCACCCCACUCCUGACGCAGCAGAUGCAGGCAAAAGUCCCUGAUUGGGUAACGAAGCCCGAGGAGUACAAGGCGAUUAUGGACACGGCCACGAACGCCGUUUGUUUGCUGACUGGCGGAUUCCUGCUAAUCGCCAUGGACCAGAUCCCACGAAUUGUCAG